AUGGUCCUCGAGACUAUCAGUUCUUUUAUUCCUUCUCACCACCCAUCCCCAACUCCUGGCUCAAAAACUAAUUUACAUUCACCAAAAAAAUCCACACCAACCCCUUCACGUAAACAUUCAACUAACCAUUCAACUAAAUCAACUAAACCAUCACCAAAACCAACUAAUUUAUCACCUAAAUCAUCACCCAAACCUUCAUUAUCUGUAAAUAAAUUGUUAGUGCCUACAGACGACAGUGAAGACGACGACAAUAGCGACGAUGAAGAUAACGGUGACGAUGAAGUUUCGACUCCUACGCGAAAAAUCCGCCAACCAACAAAAUCCGCAACUCGAAGCACCUCUCUUUCAAUUCACAAGUCAGCUACAGUUACAGCAACUCCUCUUGCUGCGACACUUUCAUCUAAUACAGCAACAAUAACAUCCGAUAAUAAUCCUUUACCCACACUAGCUGGAAUUACAAAUAGUUCCGCACAAGCUCCAAUACCUUGCCUUGAUGGUGAUUCUAUAAAUUCUUUAUCAUGUCAAGACUCUACUCACUAUUAUUGUAAUGUUACGGACCAUCAAUGUUAUGCAAGACUUUCAGACAAUUCACAAUGUCAAGAUGAUUCUGUAUGCAAUUUAAACUCAGUUUGUAGUGAAAAUGUAUGCGUUCCUUCAAAUAAUUCUACAAAUUCUUCACCUGAUAUUGGUAAAAUUGCUAUGAUAGUUGGUCCUAUCCUUGGAGCACUUCUUCUUCUUGCUGCUUUACUUUUCUGUUUUUGUUGUAUGCGCAGAAAAAAAAGAAGAGAAAAUGCUGAUUCAAUGCAUGAUAACCCUUAUCCAUUUGCUGCAAGGCCAAAUUCAUAUUCAAGUAGUGCACCACCACCUAGUUCUCCAAUGCCUCUAAUGCAUAAUUAUCAUAAUACUGAACAUACAAAUUCUCAUUCACUAUCACCGGAAAUGGUAGCAAUAGCAGCAGGUGCUGUUAAUAGAAAUAAUUCACCUGAAGAAAGUAAUAAUAGACUUGGAAAUCAAAAUUCAAGCACGGAAUUGAAUCAAGCAUAUUUAUCAUGUCCUACAAGUAUUUCCUCAAGUCUAACACCUCCUAAUGAUGAUGAAAAAUCCACUGAAAAUGUUAGAUUAUCGAAAUUUAUGUUCAUUUCUAAUGCAUUAAACAGUGGAAAUACUUUAAGAGAUUCAAACACAUUAUCAAAAGAUGAUUUAAGUACAAGAUCAAAUACACCUAAAGGUCCAUUCAUGUUGGGUGGAAUAUCAAGUGAAAUGAAUUCUCCAACAUUACCAUUAGAAGAUUUAACAGAUCGUGGUUCAACACAAUCUUGUUUUUCAAGUAGUAAUAGAGAUUCGGAUGUUUUACCAACCAUGGAUCAAGACGAAUUCGGGAAAUCACCUGAAUCAGUAUAUUUAGGACUUGAGUUUACAUCACAGUCAGAAACAAAACCUACAAAUAAAGGAAGAUAUACAAUGGGAUCAAUGUAUUCAAUGUAUUCAACCUAUUCUACAGAUUAUAGUAAUCUCCCAAAUUCACCAUCAUUUAACCUUUUACGUGGAAUGAAUUCGUCAGUGACUGCUAGUAAAAGUGAUCAUUCUAGAAUACGUAAUGAUAGUUUCAGUACAGUAACAACACAAACUAUCUCAAAUGCAUAUGAUGAUUCUAGAAGCUCAGUUUUUCAAUUAAAUGCUCCAAUAUUUAAUAAUUUUAAUAAUAACAGUAAUAACAGUAAUAAUGGUAAUAAUGGUAGAUCAUUGACACCAACUCAUGAAUAUUCAGAUUCAACAUAUUCUACAGCAUCUUCAUUGAGUAGCAAUUCUAGCAGCCAUCAUACUUUGACGCCAAAAAAUAUGCGUUCGACCAAUAAUAAUGAUGAUCAAACCAGUAAAUAUAAAGCAGAGUCGAAAAGAACAUACGGAAUUUUCUAA